AUGAAGAGAAAUGUAUUUUCGUUUCCUUCCAAGUGUAAUUAUGAUAAAAGGAGAAUUAUUCACAGCAUCAAAGUUGGGAUUGCUCUGGUAUUGGUUUCUCUUUUGUAUUUGCUUGAUCCAUUGUUCAAACAAGUUGGAGAAAAUACCAUGUGGGCUAUUAUGACUGUUGUCGUUGUUUUCGAAUUCUUCGCAGGUGCUACAUUGAGUAAAGGAAUAAAUAGAGGGAUUGGAACAGUAACAGGAGGUGGAUUGGGGUGUUUGGCUGCAAUUUUGGCAGAUAAAAUUGGAGGAAGAAUUGGCAAUGCAAUUGUAGUUGCUUCUUCUGUGUUUAUUUUUGGGGCUGCUGCAACAUAUGCAAGAUUGGUUCCAAGAAUAAAAAGAAGAUAUGACUACGGAGCCAUGAUCUUCAUCCUAACCUUCAAUCUGGUGGUGGUUGGCGGCGUCCGAGCCGAGAAGGUGAUGGAAUUAGCCGGGAAACGCCUCUCGACUAUCGGUAUGGGUUUUGCGGUUUGCAUAUUUAUCAGCUUACUCGUAUUUCCGAUAUGGGCAAGUGAUGACCUCCAUUACUCCAUAGCUUCUAAGUUUGACAAACUUGCCUCUUCUAUUGAAGGGUGCUUGGAAGACUACUUCAAAAUGGCAAGUGAAAAGGAAAACAAAACAGAUGCAAAUUUGGAAGCUUGCAAGUCAGUGUUACACUCCAAGUCGAACGAUGAAUCAUUGGCAAAUUUUGCAAAAUGGGAACCUUGGCAUGGAAAAUUUGGAUUAUCCUAUCCUUGGGAAAUGUAUUUAGAGAUUGGAGAAAUUCUAAGAGAAUUGGCUGCAACAACUAUUGCUUUCAAAGGAUGUCUUCAAUCCCCCAAACAGCUUUCACCAAUGCAAAGGCGACAAAUGAACGAACCAUGCGAAAUACUCGGGCUAACUCUUGUAUGGAUAAUGCGAGAGCUAGGAGAAAGCAUCGAGAAAAUGAAUAAAUGUCGAGCUAAGAAUCUGAUGAUUCCGAAGUUACAAUCCUUAAAUUUGCAGUUAAACCUAAUGCAUCUAUCUUCUAAGAUACAAGUUGAACACGACGAUAAUCUUGCGAUUUCGAGCUUCAUUUUCUUGUUGAGGGAAAUUGUGGGAAAGGUUGAAGUACUAGCAAAAAAGGUUGAAGAGCUUGGGGAAUUAGCAAACUUUGAAACAAGGAAGCUAGAUGUAUAG